AUGGAUGUCUACUUGAUGAUUUGCUGUCACAAGACUGAUGCCAUCAUCUUCACUGAUGUUAAAGAGAUGACAACUGUGCAUGAGUAAAAGGUGGUGGAGGGAAUACUGAAGAGGCCACUGGAGGAGCAGCGGCUCUACAAAGAUGACCAGCUGUUGGAAGAUGAUGAUGACAAUAGGACUUUGCUAGACUGUGGCUCAAGCAGCCAAAGCUGCCAUUCUCAUGUUCAUGCCAUGGUGGGCUUGGCUUUACUCAGACCUGGUAAUGGAACCUUUGGACCAUUGCGUAUUGACCCCUUCUCAAGCACCUCAGAGCUGCCUGAUGUUAUGAAGUCACAGGAGUCUGGUAGCAGCUCUAGUGAACAAGCCUUGUGCUAA